AUGCAGGUGGAGUCCUUCAAAACGUACAUGCGAAAGUGCAACUUUGAGGCAAAGACCCAAACCGAUAAUCGUUUGGUGCGCCUCUUUUGCGCCUUCAACCACCUCAAAACGGGCUACCUCACCUUCCACGAGCUGCUCAUCGGGCUGGCGGCUUUGGAUGCAAAAAGCAAGCACAACAAGGAACGACUGGAGUUUGUGUUUCGCUUCUACGACAGAAACCACGAUGGCCAGCUGUCAGAGGAUGAUUUGCGCAAACUAAUGCACGACAUUAGCCCACUUGACAAUGAAAAGGCUUUUGAGGAAAAGUUCAAAGAGGUGACAAGCCAGAUGAAGGUUUUUGCAAACGCCAAUUCCGGCAUCUCCUUUGCUGACUUUCAGCACGCCGUCGACUCGAAGCUGCUGCCCAACACUACACUGCUUUGUCGCUCUCCUCAAGACGUCUUUCCAAACUUUGAGCAGGCCAUCGUGCAGCAGAAGAUAUGGCAGCAAGUUGCCGACUUGAAGCUAAACUGCUUCGAUAAGGUGGUGAAGAGGAAGAAGUACCACGCCAACCGCUGUUCAGGCUGCACACCAACUGGCCGAAGAUUUAUUCUCAAUCCAAACGUUCUCGAGUACACCGACCGGGCUGGCUUUCCUAAUGUAGUGGCGAUCAUGGCAAACCAAAAGCAACCGACACUUCCGUUGCGCAAUGAAAACGCCUAUGAGCUGCUCAGAAAGAUACAGCUUUUUGCAAAGGAGAAGGGCACCAUCGACUGUCCGAACGGCGUGCUGAUGAAUGAUGAGAAUCGCCUCUGUGAGAUUAUCUCCUUGCUGCUGAAAGACGUUCUACGACUCUUUAACUGCAAACUAGGCAAGUGCGUCGAGGUAACCUCUCCGUGUUAUGUUAUUGGAGAUCUGCACGGCAAUCUGGAGGACCUAAUGUCACUGGAGAAGACGCUCUGGCGCUGUCUGCCCAUUGGCCCGAAUGUGCUCUUUCUGGGCGACUACGUUGACAGGGGCUCCUGGAGUGUGGAGUGCGCUCUGUACGUUCUCGCACUGAAGGUCCUCUUCCCGCACAAGGUGACGUGCUUAAGGGGCAAUCAUGAGGUGGAAGCAGUCCAGAAGAAGUACUCAUUUGAACGAGAGUGCAUUCGAAAGUACCCUGAACGCGGCUUGGAGAUCUUUGACAUGCUCAAUCUGGCGUUCAGUCGAAUGCCCGUCUGUGCGAUCAUUGACGAUGUCAUCUACUGUGCCCAUGGAGGCAUCCCUCGUCUGAACACCAGUCUGCAGGCCAUUCGCGAAAUGCCCGAAGAGAUUCGCUCUGAAGCCGAUUCUGAGCUCUUCUGGGAGAUCGUCUGGUCAGACCCGAUCGAUGAGAUGCAGUACCAGUACACUUGCGCCCUCUUUCAGCAGGAUCCGAACGUUCAGAAUGGCUACGUUCGCAACACUAAACGUGGGGCUGCCUGGUUCUUUGCGCAAAAAGCCGCGGAGAACUUCUUUCGCACAAACAACCUGACGCAUAUUAUUCGUGCUCAUGAG